CAAUUUUACUGUUGAUUUGAACCCCUCCAGAUACGUCCCGUCUGAAGUGACUCACGGACGUGCUGUUGCCAGGGACACCAACAACUCCAUUUUUCCGCCGCUCAACGCCAACUCUCGCAUCCCGGUCGCACGAACAGCAAGCAUGGAGAAAGUCACCGAAGCGCUGCAAAAGGCCGCCAUUGGUGGCGGCGAGAAGAAGCCCAAGAAAGAGAAGAAGGCCCCUGCAGCACCGGAUGCCGACGCCGGGCCGCUCGAGAUGCAACCGCCCCCGAGCUUCAUCCAGGAGCGCCUCGAACUGUUCGACCGCCUGUACAAGGAGCAGCAGGAGGAGCUUGCCAAAAAGCCGCACGAUGACAUCCUGAUCACCAUGCCCGACGGCACCGUCAAGCCCGGCAAAGCGUACGAGACCACCCCCGCCGAGAUCGCGAAGGGCAUCUCCAACAGCCUGUACAAGCGCACAGUUGUCGCGAGGAUUGACGGUGAACACCUGUGGGACCUUGAGCGACCCCUCGAGAAGAGCUGCAAGCUGGAACUGCUCGACUUCAACGACGACCAGGGCAAAUUUGUCUUCUGGCACUCCAGCGCCCAUAUCCUUGGCGAAGCCUGCGAACGGAGAUUCGGCUGUUCAUUGUGCAUCGGCCCUCCUGUGGAUAAUGGAUUCUACUACGAAAUGGCCCUGCCGGGCGGUGCUGCUGUGCAGUCCUCCGACUGGGCGCCUCUUGAGAGCAUCGUUUCCAAGAUCGUGAAGGAGAAGCAGCCGUUUCAGAGGCUGGAGAUGACCAAAGAAGACCUGCUCAAGAUGUUCGCCUAUAACCCCUACAAGGUGCAUAUCAUCAAGGACAAGAUUCCGGACGGCACCAAAACUACUGUGUACCGCAACGGGCCAUUAAUCGAUCUCUGCCGCGGACCCCACGUGCCGGAUACCAGCAGGGUGGAGGCUUUUGCCAUCAUGAAGAACUCCUCCUCAUACUUCCUCGGGGAUGCCAAUAAUGACUCCCUCCAACGGAUCUAUGGCGUAUCGUUCCCAGAUAAGAAGCAGAUGGCCGCUCACAAGAAGUUUCUGGAGGAGGCUGCCAAGCGCGAUCACCGGCUGAUUGGCAAGCAGCAGGAGCUUUUCUACUUUGAGGAGUGUUCACCCGGCUCCGCGAUGUGGCUGCCGCACGGCAUGCGCAUCCACAAUGCCAUUAUGGAGUUCAUCCGCGAGGAGUAUUGGAAGCGUGGCUACGACGAGGUUAUGACGCCCAACAUGUUCAAUGUCUCCCUCUGGGAGCAGUCCGGCCACUUGGCGCACUACAAGGAAGACAUGUUCAUCCUUGACGUGGACAAGGAACAAUUCGGACUGAAGCCCAUGAACUGCCCGGCGCAUGCGAUGAUGUUCCGUCACAGGGAACGGAGUCACAAGGAGUUGCCCCUGCGACUUGCCGACUUUGGCGUUCUCCACCGGAACGAGGCCAGUGGCGCGCUGAGCGGUCUGACAAGAGUGAGGAGGUUCCAGCAAGAUGAUGCUCAUAUUUUCUGCCGCGAAGACCAGAUCAAGGAGGAAGUCGCUGAUCUCUUUGACUUCAUGAGCUCCUUUUACGGUAUGCUCGGACUCACCUUCAAGCUUAGGUUGUCCACUCGUCCAGACAAGUUCAUGGGGGAGAUCGAGACAUGGGAUCGUGCGGAGGCUCGCCUCAAGGAAGCCCUUGACGAUUUUGCCGCUACCAAUAACGGUGUCUCCUGGGACCUCAACCCUGGCGAUGGUGCCUUCUAUGGCCCGAAGGUUGAUAUUGCCGUUUUGGACUGUCUUAACAGACAAUGGCAAUGCGCCACAAUCCAGCUCGACUUUCAACAACCCAUCAACUUCUCUCUUGAGUAUCAGACUGCCGAAGGUGCACAGAAGGCCGCAGAGGCGGCUCCUCCAGCCCCCGCUCCAGCCCCCGCACCCGAUGUUGCUGCGGACGGCAAGAAGGAUGGCAAGGAGAAGAAGAAGCUACUGCUGAUCAAGAAGCCUCUGUCCCCUGGCUGCGCUCGCCCUGUCAUGAUCCACCGUGCCAUGGCCGGCAGUAUCGAGCGCUUCACUGCAAUUCUUGCCGAGCACUUCGCUGGCAAGUGGCCCUUCUGGCUAUCGCCACGGCAGGUUGUCGUCAUCCCCGUCGGCAUGGGCUUCUUGGGCUAUGCCAAGGAGGUGGCCGCCCUCCUGAAAAAGGAGCGCUUCUAUGUUGAUGUCGACAGCAGCGGCAACACACUGCAAAAGAAAAUCCGAAAUGGCCAGCUGGCUCAAUAUAACUUCUGCUUCGUGGUUGGCGACGACGAGAUGCGUAACCGUAAGGUGAACAUUCGCUACCGCGACGAUACGUCCACUCAGGCGAGAGACGUCCCGGUUGACCUCGAAGAGGCGGUUGAGAAGUUGCGUAAGUUGAAGGUUGACAGGGGGAUGUACAACCCCUUCCCACCCAAGAAGGACGAGAAGGCGGAUAAGGCUUAGAUGUUGUACUCUGUUCUCAAGAUAGCGUAGAAAGCCUCUGCAAGAUUCAAUGAUUGCUUGCACCCAGUUGGGCGUCCGUGCUAGUUGUUGACCUCCCAACGUUAUCAAGCAACUGUCAAAUGGCCGGACAACCCAAAACGCUCUAAUUGUACGGAGUACACCAGAGCAGCAAAACCAAGACC